GAGCGUGUGUGCGUGUAAAUUACGGGAAACGUAAAGCAGCAGUCGAAAUCGUCGGGUCGCUGCUCGGUCGAGCAGCAGAAUUUUCAUUUAUUUCGUUUAUUUUGAGUUGUUUCUUCGGUUCGGUUGUACUUUAGUUCGAUCGCCUGGACCGUUGGUUCCAAUUUGUGCUAGUUUUUCGUUCGUUUUCGUUGCGUUCCGUGCGGCAAAAAGUCGAUUGAAAGUGCGAAAUUUUCCGUGGGAUCGUCAGCAAGCACAUUCGAGAGAGUUGGGCGAAAGAAUUCAGGACACAUCCCGACGAUCGUGCGAAAGAGUGAGAGGGUUGCAAUUUAUAGGGCCGUGAGUGUGAACGGGAUGCAAACAGUCAUCGAGACAAAAAAUGUUGGGCGUACGGUGCUUGAAGGCAGCUGUGUUGGUGUAUGAAUGAAAUUGUUGUGAACGAACCAACGAACGAACGGCUACCAGCUAGUGCGCUUUGCUGGGGCUUGGCCCUUUCCUUCUUCGCCUCUACGUGUUGGAACGAUCAUCAUCCGCUAGUUGCAACAACAACAUCAGUAGCAGUGGAGAGAGAGAGCAUUGAAUGGAUUAAUGAUGAUAGCGAUGGGCACAUCGGCAGAAGCAGCGGUCUUCCACCUACCCAGCUAGAUGAUAUCCCAACAAGCUGUUUGGGCCGUCCACAACACAACGAAUGAUAGGCGGUCGCACAGACGGCUGAACCUGUGAGAGAAUUUAUUUUUGGAAAAGCAUCAUAGCGAAGUUCGCGUCAGUGAAUCAUCGAGGUAAUGAUGGUGACGAAGCUGUGGAAAUAAUGCUGACCGACGAAUGUUUGAAGUACUUUUGCGUUUGAUUUGUUCAAUUGAGAGAGGUACUGGCAUCAUUUGAAGCUUUGUUUUACUGUAAAACCUGUAAACCACUUGAUUCAAGCAGCAUUUGCGAAUUUCUUCAUAUAUAAGAUCGGAAUCGUCGUCCAAGAGCAGCAACACGCAACAAAGGCGGCUGGCCGUGUGAGGCUGUGUGUGGAAAUAUAACUGCAGGCUUAUCUAAUCUGAAGCGAAAAAUAAAACAAGUGUAUCAUCGGUUGACUGCCGCCGCCGCCAGCCAGCUAAUACCUAGUAAGUGAAUCAGAAGAAGCCACUGAGAAGUAAGAAAAGUGUACUGUGUGCUGUGCUGGAAAAGAAGUCAUCGUGCCGUACCGUGCUGUAGGAAUACAAAAGUAUGUGUGCUCGUUAUGAACAGAAGUGAGAGCUAGCGCGCGCGGAUUGCAUUAAUUAUAAUCAGUCAGUGAGUUUCAAUCUAUAGAAGGUCUUUUCAGUGUGACUCCUCUUUGGAUCGCAGACGGCGGCGACGACGAUGAUGAUGGUGAAUCAGAAAAACAUUAGUUUGGCGCUCCGGUUGCUGCGAUCGGUAGUGGUGUGAACGUUUCUAUAGAAAAUUGCAAACAUAUUGUGAGUGAAAAUCAGCAUACAAAGUAUAGGAAAAAUGGGAGAUACCAAGGUGAAGCAAGCUUUCUAUGGUACGCCGCCUCAUCAUCAACAGCCAACUAGCUCCAAGGCGUCCGGUGCAGGGGGACCACCUUCGGCAUCCGACAUCCAGAAAGGCGGAGCAGUGAGCAAAGAAGAUGGCGCAGCCAAAACUCCCAACAAAUAUGACCAGCUCAAAGCUCGCAAAGCUGAGCUGGAAAAGAGGCUCAACGAAAAGUACGCCCAGCUGCAGCAAAUUAAACGCGAAGAGGCUCAACUCAUCGGAAUGUAUCCGAGUGACUUCAGUGCUGGCAUUGGAAGUCAAGAUCAAAACGGAACGGCGCCUACCUUGAGACGAAAGAUCGGUACCAGCUUUAAGCUGCCGGAAAAUCUGCUGAACAACAAGGAAGAUGACAUCAAUAAGCUGCUUCUGGAGAAACAAAUCCAACAGCAGAUAUCGGAAGCGUCGCUUAGGUUAGCCAAUGAUACAGCCCAAUCUAAGUCGGUUCGAAGGACACACAAGCAAAACUUCGAAACAGCUCAGCAGAAAUUACUGGCAAUAAAUCAAAAUCUCAGCGUACUGAAGAAACGACAACAGCAGGCUGCGGAGCAACAACAAAAGCCGCCUCCUGCGACCCGAGACGAUAUAGAUAUUCAUAAGAGCAGUAAUUUCAAUCGGUUUCGAUCGAACAGCAAUAGCAGCAGCAUGGUGAUGAUGAUGAAUGCGUCGGAACGACGAAACUCGGUGAAAUCCAACACGUCGUCAAACCAUUCCAGUAACCUAAACAGCUCGAUUGGAUCAGCACCUAAACAAGGGCAUCAACAGCUUCUGGUGCAGAUCCCUAGUCAGCAGCACCCAAACCAUUAUCAUUCGCAGCAAAUCUCCCCGUACUCAAUACAUUCCGGAACGUUGUCGGUGAUGCCAUCGGGUUCGCAAAGUAUGACCCCUGCUGCCUCGGCCGCAAUGGUAUCCCAGCUCAGCAUGCUUCGGCAUCGCGUUCGACACGACAGCUUUAGUGGGAUGAUUAGCUAUGAUCUAAGUGGUGCUUCCGGGGAAACGGCAAAGUUGUCACCCGUGAGUAGCGGGAGCGGGCAUCAUCACCAUUCGCAUCCUCACCAGCACUUCCAACAGUCGCAACAACCUCAUCAAAGUGGUCCCCAUCGAUUGAACAAACUGCUACAGCAACAAUUACAUAGCUACAGUCCUCCUCCCCCGGGUCAUCACACACAUGGCACUAGUCCGGGUUACGUACUGUCUCCUCCGGCCAGCGGUGGGUCAUCAUCUGGCACCGCCGCCGGACAAGCAUUCGUUUACGAUACAAAAAUGAUCUCAAGGCUUCAACCUCCUCCGCCGCCGCCGCCGCCGCCUCCAACAUCCGGUGACCAGAACUACUGUCCAAACGUUGCGCUGGGUGGUGGCUUCGGCUACGAUCAACCGGAAGGGGCCGCAUCUGCUGGUCUCGGCGGUUACUGGAUGCUUCUGGAGACGGGAGAAAAGGUCUGGUGUGCUGUGGAUAACCGAUUCUCCAGUUUAGAUCGGAAGCAGGGCGGUGGCAGUAUGAAGCUUUCUCGGUCCAAGGUUAGUCAACAUGCCCACGCCGCCCCAACCAAGAGCAAUUCGAUGGGAAAUUUUGAUUUUAUCCAUAAACAACAGCAGCAGCAGCAACAACGGCAACAAUCCGACGAAUCGAUCCAACCGGAUACGAUUUCCGUAACAUCUGGUUCCAGUGAACACAAGAAACGAGAAAAGGUUUGGCGGGAAACCUCCUUGGACAGCCCGGUGGUGAAGCACAAGGCUCUUCCCUCGAUUAGCUUGAAUCCUCCAGUACUUCCGGCAUACCCGGAACCUCCGCCACCACCCCCACCUCACCAUAGCAGUUACUCAUCGCAAUCCAAUUCCGCGCAACAAACUCCUCUGCAUAUCAACACCAGCAGCGGACACAAUCUGCUUUCGUCACCCUCAUCGCCAUUACUGCUAUCACCUCAGCAGAUGAUAUAUUAUCAACAGAAGCAACAGCAGAUCCUCGAACAGCAACGACAGCAGCAACACCUUCGGAUAAGACAACUAGAGGAACAGAAGCAUCAAGCAUACCUGCUAGAACAACAUCAACAACAACUGCAGCAGCAGCAGCAGCAGCAUUUACUACAGCAAAAACAUCUUCGAUCACCUCCUCAACCCCCUAAGCAACAGUCCCAUUACCCGCCAAAUUCCUCCUAUUGUUCAAGCCAGCAACCCCGGCAGCAACAGCAUCUAGACCUCCUUCCCCUCCAUUCCCCUCAAUACUACGAUCGGGAAAACCACAACCUCCCUCCGCACUACUACCAAUCCCAAGAGGCUCCACCGCCGCAGAACAAUCUCUCCUCGCGCCACCCGGAUCUCCUCAUAUCGCCCACCCUCUCGGCAUCCUCCUCAAACACCCUCACAUCCCCCACGUUUCGACCGCAACCGUCCGUCUCGCCGACCCCAUCCACAAUUACUACCACUUCCGCCGGACCGGGAUCGGGUGUUAUCCAGGACAUCCAGACGGAAUCGCCCAAGAACGUCACCGUGGUCCAGCAGGGUAAGAUACAACCCUACAAGGAAGUUACCAAGCCGUUCGAGAUGUCCGACUUCUACAAAUACUCCACCAAGUACCGACAGAAGCAGCAGCUGCAGCAGCAGCAGCAGCAACAACACCAACAGCAACACGGAACAACCGGCGCCGAACAGGUCAGUCCCAAUGGGAACAGUUCCGGCGGAAGCGGAGCGGCGGAAGUGAUCCAGAAGGUGGUCUAUCAACCGCCGAACCCGUCGAUAUGUCAACCCAUCAACUACAACUGAACGGCGUCGCCACCACUACUGAAGCGUAAGUCUGACUGAGAAUUGUUUAUAGAACUGCGUAGGUAGUUAUGUUUUCAUAUUGAAAAUUGUUCGUUAGGAAAUUACAACUUGCGGGAAUAUACAAGUAUAGUUAGUCGACGUAUAAUUUUCCUAGAAGAAAAUGUUAUCGUUUAGACUUAUAAGGGAUUAUAAGGGGAGAUUCAGUAGGAAAAGCAUUGGAUUGGAAAUAACUCUGAUCUGUGUGUAAAUGAAUGCUAUCAUCAGCAUUAACUUAUUCUUUUUCUUGGCGUAACGUCCCUACUGAGAUGAAGUCUGAUUCUCUGUGAUCUAUGAGCGUUUCCGCAGUUAUUAGCUGAGAGCCUACUCUGUCAAUGACCAUUUUACAUUGAUUUAUAUAACGUGUGGAAGGCACGAAGAAAAUCAAAGACAUUUCCAUCAUUCAACAGUUCUUGGACCGACUGCGAAUUGAACCCGUCACCCUCCGCAUGGUAGUGCUGAAUACCCGCGCGUUCAUUUACCGCUUUGGCUAUAUAAGCUCAUCCGUCAUCAUCAUCACCUACGUCGGGGAAAUGGAACAGAGCAUCGCGAAAAAAGGGGACGUUUGCGGAGGCAUAUUUUUAGAACCUGUAUAUGUACAAGAUUAAUCUGGGGUAGGGAAGUGGAACCAUCUCGGCAGGGGUCCUAUUUUGGGCGCUUUUCUGCUAUAACUCAGCCAAUUUUUAACCAAUUGACACAAUUUUUGGAACGCGAUGAGAUACGUAUAGUAUCUAGCCGUGUACAAAAUUUCAAGUCAAUUGGUUUAGAAUUGACUGAAUUAUAGCGAAGAGUGCCCAAAAUACCGGCCGCUGCCCAAGUGGUUCGCUACCCUAUUAUUCAACGAAUCGAGAGUUCUUAUUUUUGGCAGUAGAUUUAUGCAGGAUGUCAGUUUCUGGAUUUUUACUUAAAGGCCAACCAAGCCAAGUGGAAAUAACAAUGUUGAAAUGCUUUGACAUUCGUGUACACAACUGAAACACGUGUGUGACGAUCAUAUUGAAAUAUAAAUUGCGAAAAGAAAUCUACUUGCUCCGCUGGGAAUCGAACUCACGACUUUCAAUUCUCUAGACGGGCGCUUCUUUUCCUCCAAGCUACGGAGACACUUGAAUUCAUACCGGAUUAUUACACGAAUUAUCGAACAAUUUGACAAUGAUAAUGGUACUAAGCACUCCCUUAGGAUAAUCAACGAAGAUUACAAAAUAUGCUUGAGAUUCUCUAGAAGUUGAACCCGGAGUUCCGCCUCAAGUAUAACGCUACUUUUCCUCGUAAAAACCGAGAAACGGGCUUUAAAGAUCUCCCUAGAAAAUUCUCUGAACGCUUUGUGAAUUUUUGGAACUUUGGAAGAUGAAACAUCAAAACCUAAGAGCUGAUUACUGGUGCCUUAGAAGUCCUGGCUUACUUAGAGGUUUGAAUUCCACCUUGGUCGAUGUGAGAGGGAGUGUUGUUCAACCUAGAGGAAGCGAAGAAUUUCCUCUUUAUUGCCGACGAGCAGAUACAGAAUUUCCGUAUCUUGAAGGGCUGGAACCCGAAGAGAUCCUUCGGCUUAGCUUUCUUAGUGUGAUAUUAGUUAUUAAUUAUCACGUACUCUCGGAUGAUGGUUGUUCAUCAACUCCUUUAUUCAGAAAUUUUUCACUUACGGCUAACUUCCCUGAUUAAAAAUAUCAUAAAAAUACGAUAAAUUUUAUUGUUACAACACCAUUUUUUCGAAAAAUAUUCACCAUUAAACGUAUUGUAAUUUGCACAGUACACUAACAAUCACCCCUAUUGUUCUAUACCAUUCGGCGAAUGGUAAAUGGCACUUUUACAAUAAAAAAUGGUAGUCGUUAUCUAUCUUAACCAUAAAAUUUUGAGUAAACUUUCAUACAUUUUUUCGCGAAAAACAAUAGAAUGUAUUGUGUUUUUAUGAGACAUUUUUUGGGCUACUUUCAAAAUAAAACAAUACAUCCUAAUGUUUUCCAUUGUUCUUACAAUACAAAUACAAUUAAUUGAAUGGUAUAAUAUCGUUCACAAAUUCAUCAUUCAAAUUAUGUGUAUCUAUGUUUCUGUAAACCUCUCCACUCAAAUGAUCUUCAAUCACCAAUUCAAAAUAUUCUGACAGACUAUUCCCAGUCAAUGUCCACGUAUCAUAGUCUAUAGUGCACCUGUAAUGUACUAAAAAGUCUCUACCCAAGAUUCCAUCCGUUGGUAUGGAUUGGGUAUAUCUUGAGGUACUAUUUGGAAUUUUUGAGGUAUUUUGAUUCCAUUAGGUAAUUGUAAUAAUGUUGAAAUAGUUCCUAAAGUUUCAAGGGAUUCGGAAUUGAUUCCCGUUAUAUUUCAUUUAUCUUGAAUAUUGAUUAAUUCGGUUGUUUUAAUAUUCUCAACUUUGAUCAACGAUAUGAUAUUUCAGCACCAGAAUCAAUAAGAAAUGAGUUAUUUUUAUCGGAGGCAUCAGUACCCAAUGACACAAAAUUGCUGAUAGCGGUAUGGAUUGUAAAAAUUUUGCUCAACGGCGUGGCAUCAAUUGAGCCAGAGUCACUGGCUGUGGUUGAGGUCCCUGAAUUGAUGGUUGAAACCCCAAAGCAGUUUCUUGAUUUACACAUGCUGCUCGUCCACUUUGUGGAGCUUGCGGGUUUUCUGAAGAAUAGUAAACUCUGGUGUAACGGUUACCAUUAGCAUAACCUCUGUUGCUGCCUCUGAAAGAGUUGUUGUUACCUCUGUAAUUUUGUCGAUAAUUUCGGUUUGAAUAAUUGUUUUGUGAAUUAUUGCGACCUCUGGAAUUUCCGCGGUAAUAGGACAAAUCGGUGAAGUACUAGAAUUGUAGUAAUGAGCUGAAUUUUAGUAUGGUGAGAAGGUCAAUUCUCCGUUUCUGCAGCGAAAUGGUGCAAAAGGCGUGGGUAUUAUGAUUCCUUGCCUAAUUUGAUGCUGUUUGAGCAAAACUUUGGGCAACAGUUUUGUUGUUUUCUCCAUUUCUUGCAACAUAAACAAUAUAGUUAUCCAAAGUUUUGCUCAAACAGCAUCAAAUUAGGCAAGGAAUCAUAAUACCCACGCUUUUCGCACCAUUUCACUGCAGAAACGGAGAAUUGACCUUCUCACCAUACUAAAAUUCAGCUCAUUACUACAAAUCUAGUACUACACCGAACGUGCCCCAUUUGUAUAUCCGCGUGUUUGGUUUGACCUGUAAUUGUGGUAUCUGUUACCCGAAUUACUUGCAUGUACUUGAAAAAUUUUACUCGAGUAGGUUCGUAUUCGGUGACUUUUUCUAUCGCGGAUGACAGCGUAGAAAAUUGUCCAGCUUUUAUGAUCAGUUUUGUUUCUUCACUUCUAAGGCCAGAUGCUAGUGCCUUAACACCAGCUUUAACAGCCAUUUUUGAUGCUGUCUCAACUGGUACCUUUUCGUUUAUGUAAGCCUUUUCCAGAUCUAGGGAGAGCUUCUCAAUUUGUUCGGUGAUUUUAUUUAUCUCACCAUUUUGUUUGAUUGAAUUUAAUUUUGCUACUAUCGUUUCAGGAGCAAUUGUUGAAGUACAUUUCGCAGUUAAUUUUGUUAAAAUGUCAUCGACAUCUUGUGGGUUGUCACCCACUGCCGAUCUAGCUUUACCGUCGAAACGCGAUUAAUAACUUGAAUGGCAAUUGCUUUGUUUUCGUCAUUAAUUAGAACCUUCCAUGCUUUAAGCGCUGCUAUUAUGCUAUUUAGUUUUUCACCGUCACCACUGUAUUGUGGAAUCAGUGACGGUAUGGUUUUCACGAUUUCUAAAAUAGACGUCAUCGUAGCACUUUCUCUUAUACGUUUCGCAAAAAUAAUGGCAGUUGCAGUAGCUUUAAAAGAGACAAGCUCUAUUUUUCUUUUCACUUCAACUAGCUGUUCUAUGGCGUUGUAGCAAUUUUUCGAUUUUUUCAAAAUUACUUGGUUUUCAGCUGUAUCUUCAAUUUGAGUUAUGCAUUCAAUUUGAUUCAAUAGUUCAUUAGCUGUUUUUCUCUGCUGUAUAAGUAUUCUAUUUGAUGAUCUUACUUUUAAUUUCAAUUUUAAAUCGUUGUAGAUUUUCUUAAGGUCUUCGUAUUUUUGCCUCAUUUAA